CUCGAUGCACCCCGCCUUACCGCGCAUUCCAUUUACCGUUGAAAACAGACAAAUGUGAAGAGCGUCGAAUCGAAUGUCGUAAAAGUCGAACCCCUUUUCUGAAAGUUCCGAUUCUCUGCUCCACUUCGCUCGGCGACGUUCAAAUCUCAGUUGAUUGAGUUUAUUCCUUCUCAUAAUCCCACCUUUGUGGUCCCCCUUUCUCCUCAUUCAUGGCUGCUAACUGUACCAGGAUUCCAAUUCCUCUACUUUCAUCUCUUCUCCGUCUAUAUAUAGGGGAUGAAGAUCACACCUUAGAGUCGCGCUGCGAUCGGUUUAUUCAAGAACCUGCAAACUCGCCCGUGCGGUCUCUCGCUUUUAUGGUUUUUGAUUGUUCACAACCUGUUUAUAAUAUUAUAGUUUAGAAUGUAUUUCUACAUAUGUCAUAUGCGCAGUUCUGGCUUUACAUGGGCUUCAUUUUGAUCAGUACCGCAGCACCUGACUUGCAACUUCUUGGUGAUAUAACAUGGGAAAUGAAUUCGGCCGUAGCAAUGGGCAAGAUGAUCCUGCUGCAGCAUUACGCAAUGGGAAAGAAAUUAUAUUACAGGCCUUCAAUUGGGAAUCUCAUAAACAUGAUUGGUGGAGGAACUUAGAGCAAAAGGUUCCUGAUAUAGCGAAAUCUGGUUUUACAUCAGCUUGGUUGCCCCCACCAACUCAUUCAUUUUCACCAGAAGGUUAUCUUCCCCAGAACCUUUAUUCUCUCAACUCUGUAUAUGGUUCUGAGAACCUGCUCAAAGCUUUACUGAACAAGAUGAAAACAUACAAAGUUAGAGCAAUGGCUGAUAUAGUUAUAAAUCAUCGAGUUGGAACCACACAAGGGCAUGGUGGAAUGUAUAACCGCUAUGAUGGAAUUCCAUUAUCAUGGGAUGAGCGUGCUGUUACUGGCUGCACUGGAGGAAAGGGGAACAAAAGUACGGGGGACAAUUUUCAUGGGGUCCCAAAUAUUGAUCAUACUCAAGAAUUUGUAAGGAAAGACAUUAAGGACUGGCUUCGAUGGUUAAGGAAUACUGUUGGGUUCCAGGAUUUUCGUUUUGAUUUUGCUAGAGGUUAUUCUCCAAAAUACGUGAAAGAAUAUAUUGAGGGUGCAAAGCCAAUCUUUUGUGUUGGGGAACACUGGGAUUCAUGCAACUAUAAUGGCACGUACUUGGAGUACAAUCAAGAUAGCCACAGGCAAAGGAUUAUUAACUGGAUUGAUAGCACAGGACAACUGUCAUCUGCAUUUGACUUCACAACAAAGGGGAUUCUACAGCAAGCUGUUAAAGGAGAACUCUGGCGCUUGCGUGAUCCUCAUGGGAAGCCUCCAGGUGUCAUGGGAUGGUGGUCUUCAAGGGCGGUUACGUUUCUAGAUAACCAUGACACUGGUUCAACUCAGGCGCAUUGGCCAUUUCCAUCAGAUCAUAUUAUGGAGGGCUAUGUGUACAUACUCACACAUCCAGGGAUACCUUCAGUAUUCUACGACCAUUUCUAUGACUGGGGUAGUUCGUACCACGACCAGAUUGUGAAGCUGAUUGAUGUUAGGAGAAAUCAAGGAAUAACUAGUCGAUCGCCAAUUAGUAUCAUAGAAGCACAGCCAAAUCUGUACGCUGCAAAUGUCGGGGAUAAAAUAGCCAUGAAGAUUGGAGAUGGAUCAUGGUCUCCCUCUGGAAAGGAAUGGACACUGGCAACUAGUGGUAACAGAUAUGCUGUCUGGAAGAAGUAGCUAUCGGGUGGUAGUUGCUCUUUAAAUUCUCCUUUUGCCUUGUUUUCUCUCUUUUGGGACAUUGUUGUAUUUCGGUUAUUUCUUGCAUGGAUGGCCAUUUAAUUCAUGCUGGAAAUAUACAACAGGAUAGUUGUAUUAUACAUACUGAAGCUAUACAUUUUACUACACCUUUUAUGUC